AUGGAUAGAGGAGGUCAACACGCAUCUAUAGGAUCUCCCUUGAUUCAAAUCUCAGAGCAAGAUGCGCUCAAAGUUGAUAUUGAUACACAGAAAAACAAUGGUGGAAGGGUGGCAGAAAGAAGAGAAAUUUUUGAAGAAGUCAAGAAGCAGCUAUGGCUGGCAGGGCCCUUGAUAUUUGUGGGUCUACUAAACUUCUGCAUUCAGAUUAUAUCUGUAAUGUUUGUUGGUCACCUUGGCGAGUUGCCUCUCUCUGGUGCUUCAAUGGCUACUUCAUUUGCUACUGUCACUGGCAUUAGCUUAUUGUUGGGAAUGGCGUGUGCUUUGGAUACCUUAUGUGGCCAGUCAUAUGGAGCAAAACAGCAUCGCAUGUUAGGCGUUCACACGCAGAGAGCCAUGCUUGUGCUUAUGAUUGUUAGUGUACCUGUAGCAAUUAUUUGGGCAAACACAAGAUCCAUUCUGAUCUUCCUUGGCCAAGAUCCUGAAAUAUCUGAAGAAGCUGGAAAAUAUGCUCAGCUAUUGAUUCCAAGCCUUUUUGCCUUUGGUCUUAUUCAGUGCCUAAACAGGUUCUUACAAACCCAAAAUAUUGUAUUUCCAAUGGUAUUCAGCUCUGCAGCUACUACGUUACUACAUCUUAUUGUUUGUUGGGUUAUGGUAUACAAAGCUGGACUAGGAAGUGGAGGAGCUGCAAUAGCAAAUUCUAUAUCUUAUUGGGUGAAUGUUUUGUUACUGACACUCUUGGAAAUGUGGUUAUUUGAAAUGAUGGUUCUUCUAUCCGGUCUUCUACCAAACCCAAAGUUGGAAACAUCAGUGCUUUCUAUCUGCUUGAAUACAGCAUCAACUGUUUGGAUGAUACCUUCUGGUUUCAGUGAAGCUGUAAGCAUUCGUGUGUCAAAUGAACUUGGAGCUGGUAAUCCUUGGGCUGCACGUUUAGCUGUGCACGUUGUCUUAGUAAUGGCCAUCAUUGAGGGCACCUUAGUUGGAACAGUGAUGAUAUUGAUACGAAAUGUUUGGGGCUAUGCAUAUAGUAAUGAAUUAGAAGUGGUAGAAUAUGUAGCAAAGAUGUUGCCAUUCCUUGCGGCAUCCAAUUUCCUGGAUGGGAUCCAGCAAGGAAAGCUACAGACAGAGUCUAUGAGUCAAUAA